AUGAAGCUCUACCGUCUCUGGCCAGUGCUUCCGCUCUGUGCCGCCAUCGUCAUCCCAAAUGAGCAGGUCUUAAGUGACAUUGCUGAGCUCGAUACGAACAAAAAUGGCGUGAACAAAGACUCGACAUCCUUCCUCUCCUCCAUUGAAUCCUCCAUCCAGGACGCCGCGACCGACUUCAGAAAUGCCCUAGACGAGGCCCUUGAGCUCGCCUCCGAUGCGUUUAACACCCAACGGCUGCAGUCCGGCGCCUCUGAAGCUGCUUCCUGGAUUACGAAUUUCUUCGACCAUCCCACCGACGCGGAGAAUCUUCCCAAAGAUCUCAAGCAAUUGCCGCAGUACCUGCACCCACGUCGGCCUUUCCCGCCUCACCAUCCCUCCUUCAACAAAACCAUCUACGAACUGAUCAAGUCCAGCAAGUAUACCACCAUCCUCGCCAAGAUCGUUGACGAGGAUGACGAGCUGGUCCAGUUCUUGAACAGCACUAAGGCGAACCAUACCUUCUUUGCUCCUACCGACGAGGCCUUCUCAAAGAUCCCGCAUCACUGUCCUGGCCGUGAUCACGACCACGACCACGACCAUGAGCACCCCAAGAUCCCCAAGGAGGUUAUCCGGACCAUAUUCCACUACCACGUCGCACCAGGCCGCUACUCGGCCUCAGAUAUCUUCCACAGCCACACCGUGCCAACCACCCUGAACGAGUCCACUCUCGGCCCUGAUCUGCCCCAGCGCCUGGCCGUCCGUGUAGGAUGGAGAGGCCUGACGCUGAACUACUACAGCCACAUCGUAGCCGCAGACAUUGGCGCCACAAACGGCAUCAUCCACGGCAUUGACGCCAUCCUCAUCCCACCCCCAGAUACCCUCACGCUUCUGACCAUCGUCCCCACCGAAUUCAGCACCUUCACACUAGGCCUCUACAAGACCGGCCUGGCAACCGCCCUCAACGAAUCCAGCACGCCCCACCACCACGGCGGCACCAUCUUCGCCCCCUCCAACUCAGCCUUCAAGCACCUCGGCUUCAAGAUCAAUGCAUUCCUGUUCUCCCCUCCCGGCGAGAAGUACCUGCGCGCCCUGCUGCAGUACCACAUCGUGCAGAACAGAACUCUAUAUUCGGACGUCUUCUACACCUCCAAAGGGGAGAUCAAGCCGUUUGGUGUAAAGGGCUUCACGCAUCUUGAUCUGCCGACCCUCCUGCACGGCCGGAAGCUGGCUGUCGAUGUCGCCCGGUUUGGACCGUAUGCAUCGCUGAAGAUCAAUGGCUACCAGCGGGUGGCUUUUGCGGAUGCGUUGGCCAAGGACGGCAAUGUGCAUGUUGUCGACCAUGUUUUGAUCCCGCCUCGCAAAGUCGAUGAUUCGGCGCCGGAAUGGACUGGCAAUGAUGAUGAGUUGACUGUUGAGGAUCUUAAAAGCCGUCUCGGAGACUGGUUGGAAGAAGACGAGGGCGAGGUCGAAGUGAUGCAUGACAUGUUGGCUCAUGGUACUGAACUGUAA